ACUUUGCUAGCUAGUUACCUGCCAAGAGCGAUGAUGAUGUUUACUGCGAAUACCUCAGCGGGUUUAAUCCAACGGCACGAUUUUAGCGAACAAAAUGAACUAAGCUAACAUUUUAAGACGUUUAUAUCGCGUUUUAUAUCGCUUUAUGCGAAGCACAUAUUGCGUGAACGGUGAAUACUUGCAUGCCGUGUGUCUGAGUCAGGUCUCUCUCUCCGACAGACAGACAGGGGCUGCUGCUGCUGCAGUUGGCCUCUUGGUCCGAGCUGCGCAAGAUCUACCUGCUCUGCAACCUCCAGUCAUGUUUGUUUUAUGAAGAUGGCCGCGAGGGGUACCCUGUGAACUAAAUGACUGUCAGAAAUAUCGCCUCCAUUUGUAAUAUGGGCACCAAUGCCUCUGCUCUGGAGAAAGACAUUGGUCCAGAGCAGUUCCCGAUUAACGAACACUACUUUGGAUUGGUCAACUUUGGGAACACGUGUUACUGCAACUCGGUGCUGCAGGCGCUCUAUUUCUGCAGGCCGUUCAGGGAGAGCGUGUUGGCCUACAAGGCGCAGCAGAAGAAGAAGGAGAAUCUGCUCACCUGUCUGGCUGACCUCUUCCACAGCAUCGCCACACAGAAGAAGAAGGUGGGCGUCAUCCCGCCCAAGAAGUUCAUCUCACGGCUGCGGAAGGAAAACGACCUUUUUGAUAACUACAUGCAGCAGGAUGCUCACGAGUUCCUGAACUACCUGCUGAACACAGUGGCUGACAUCCUGCAGGAAGAGAAGAAACAGGAGAAACAGAACGGCCGGCUGAAGAACAACGGAACCGCUGUCACUGCCGAAACCGAGCCGGAGAACAAGGCCGAGUCCACCUGGGUUCAUGAUAUCUUCCAGGGCACUCUGACCAAUGAGACACGCUGCCUCAACUGUGAGACGGUCAGCAGUAAAGAUGAGGACUUCUUGGAUUUGUCUGUGGACGUUGAGCAAAACACUUCAAUAACACACUGUCUCAGGGACUUCAGCAACACGGAGACGCUGUGCAGUGAAUAUAAAUACUACUGUGAAACCUGCUGCAGCAAGCAAGAGGCCCAGAAACGUAUGCGAGUGAAGAAGCUGCCUAUGAUCUUGGCUCUGCACCUGAAGCGCUUUAAGUACAUGGAGCAGCUGCACCGCUACACUAAGCUGAGCUACCGUGUGGUCUUCCCCCUCGAGCUGCGGCUCUUCAAUACGUCUGGAGACGCCGUCAACCUGGACCGCAUGUACGACCUCGUCGCUGUGGUGGUGCACUGUGGCAGUGGACCAAAUAGAGGACACUACAUAACCAUAGUGAAGAGUCAUGGCUUCUGGCUGCUUUUUGAUGAUGACAUUGUGGAGAAAAUCGAUGCACAGGCAAUAGAGGAGUUCUAUGGUUUAACUUCUGACAUUUCAAAGAACUCUGAGUCAGGAUACAUCCUAUUCUAUCAGUCCAGAGAGUGACAACAGGAACAGAGGAGAAAGAGAGUGGAAAGUGCAAAGGGGGGAAAUGAAGAGUCGAGAGGGAGAAAGGAAACAGAAAAAGUGUAGUUUAGUCACUCACCAUAAUCUCCACAUCCCCUGGCACCCUCUCCCUCCCUCCCUCACUCAGGACUCUUUAUACUGAAACCUGUGCCAAUAGCACUCGAACCUUACCUUUGCCAACACUACAUUUCCCAGAAUUCUCCUCUCUCUGUUGUUGCUGCUCUGUGGGGAAACAUCCUCCUGUUAAACUGACCAUCAGUCAGUCCACCUGCAUAUUGAAGGCACUUUAUAAACAAAAGCAUCAACGAAGACAGCAACAAAACACUACAGAGGCAACAAAGCGACAGCUUAUUCAGCGCUGCUUUUAGAAAGCUUGAAGGAAACGAACCAGUGCAGUGUCCAUGAAGCAGUGUGGCCAGUCUGGAAACUCAACCCUCCACUCCAAGAUCUUGGUACUGCUAUGGCCUGUAAACGGGCUCUUCCUGGGUAACUUAAUCCCAAAACAGGGCCUCUCUGUCCUUUUUUUGGAGCUCUUGUUCCAGAUUUUGGGUUCUCUUCUAUGGGUUUUUAUGUGGCACCAAUGUGUGUAUGAACAGAAUGUUUUAAUUUAUUCUUUUAUGUGUUGUAUGUGUGUGUUCUGUUGUUCAGAGCCGAGGGAUAUUUCACAAAGGAGGACUUACCAUUGAGUUGGAUAGCUUAAGCCAAAAGUGAAGAUUGUUCAAUAGGAAUGCACCUUAUUACCUCCACUUAUAUCCACUUAGACACAAAGACUGAACAAUACUGAGAAAAAAUAGGAGGAUGAGAUAUUUUAGUUUUUUACAAUAAAUAUUACAACUGCAACGAAAAAGGAGUCAAAAAUUACCCGAGUAAAUUAAUGACGCUAAUUAAUUAAUUGACUCUAACAAUGUAAAGUGUGUAUGAAGAGGGGGAAAUAAGGCAGUACUUCAGUAUUCUGGGGUGCACAAUAUAAAUAAAAUACUGUGUUGCGGUUAUAUUGCAAUAUAGCUUCCAGUGUAUUUAAAACACAUCAGUGAACUCUUGAUGUCAUUGAGGAUUGGCUUGGAUUUUUUUGACCAAAGUUAAUGGCCCUUGAUUAGGGAUGUAAAUGACUAACUGAUUAACCAACAAGUAGACUGUUGUUCGGCCGGUGCAGUUGGUUAAAAAAACAUACAUUUUAUUUCAUUUUCAAUAACCAACAGUUCCUGUUUGAAUAGGCGAAUUUGAAUUGAAUGCAGAAUGUUUUCAAAUUGUUCUGCCAGACAGGCCUACUAAAAAAUGACCACAUUUUGGAGAGGAUGAUGGCACAACUACAGUGCUGUACCAUAUCAAAAGCAUCCUCAAGUGAUGACAGAAUCUAACUGUGUAUAUGUAUUUGAACAAUCCUCAGCCAGUCAGAUUUCAGAAGAAGAUUUUAGGCUUAAUGAUUAAUUACUGAAUAAUGAUGGUCAUUUAUUGGUCAAAAGAAGUUACAUCCUUAGCCUUGAUUUAUCCAAACACCCAAAAAACAUAUGUGAUGCACACAAUAAAACAUUCAGUGAUUGGUUAAAGACUGAUCUGUAUAUUGCACGGUUAUGAUAUUAGUAUUGCAAAGCCCAAUGUUGCAAUAAUUAUUAAUGAACAAUAUGUUGUGAAGCCCUGUUAGACACUCCUCACUUUUGGUUUUCUCAAUUGCGAAAUCCUACUUUGUGAACUGCACCUCUGUUCUGCUCCUUAACUUCGUGUUCUCCCAAAGCAUAUGGUCUAAUUACCACGGUCUACUUCAGACUGGUCUGUAGCCACUUCGUACUGUAGGUGUUGUGUUGCCCUUCACUUUGAGGUACAGAAUAAGUGUGGUUAGUGAGUAUGGUGUGAUUUCAUACACACUACAUGGACAUGAACGUGUGAAUGUGUUUUGCUGACUGUUAUGCACUACAACAACAAAUGUGUGUGUGUGUGUGGGUGUGGGUGUGUGGUUGCAAUAAGUUCAAUUAGCAAACUAGGAAUUAACCCAAAAACAUUCAAUACCUUUAGCCAGUCUUUACCACUUUUAAACUACAGGGCCUAUCAGGUCUUACUGGACCUAGCUCAUAUUUUUCUGAUAUCAAGCCUUGAUUGACCCUUCUGAAGAAAAGUGGACUAAUGCCUGCAUCUAGUCCUUAGCUGAAAGCGUAUGGCGGUCACCAGGCCACGCAGAUACUCAGAAAUUACUGGAGCAGACUCGUCUGAGGUCAGCACAGCCCUUCUUGCCUUACAUCAGUGGUCGACUGUUCAAGGAAGAAAAACCUGCAUCCUUUUGAAGUUACUGUUAAACUCACAGUGAUCCUCCUACAGAGCCAAGACUCAAGGCUGAAGCUUGUUGCUCUCACUUUAUCUUGCCUUUUCCUUACGUAACACUGUUGUUACCUAACUGCCAUUGAAGACCACUGGCUGUAUUUUGCAGGGCUGUUGCUAGCCACUCCAGAGUGCGAUGUAAAACUGGUUAAAAGCAGUUCAGUCACAGUCUUUUGGUAUAAUUUGAAGUCUGGCUCAUCCUACUGGUUUAAACCUGCGUAAAGAUGAGUCAUUCUGACUAGGUUCCGCUUUCCUCCUGGGCUUAUAUCUGUCAAGAGGCUCAGGAAAAGAGUACCAAUCCACUUUUGUCUGUAUAUUGAGGUUCCCAGAGAUAUGAAAGGCAAACGCUUAUGAAAGGAUGCUCUGCUGCAGUGGUUGUGGAGUACCCUUGCCCUGUGUUUUAGUGGUUCCCUUGUUCCCAGGACACCUGAUGCAAUAAUAAGCUCUUUAACAAGCCCUUCACCAUUCGAAGAGGGUGUUUUGGGAGCAGGGAAGAUAAUAAAGGAUGGUACUCUCUAGGACCAGAGUUGGGACACAGGGUGGUACUUUCUAGGACCAGGGUUGGGACACAGGGUGGUACUCUCUAGGACCAGGGUUGGGAACCUGUGUUCUUCAUGCAGUCUGACACAUGUAACUCUGGAUCUCUGGUUUAGUCUAGAAGUUUUACAUUUGCUACUUGAAGGGGAAUUCCCCCAGUUUUUCAAAAUUUCUGCUUCAUUUCAUGGCUGAGAUGUAAACAAAGACAUUUAGAUUGGUUUGAUGUGAAAGAGUUAAUUGCAGAAAAAAGGUACUGGCUCACAAUUUCUAUACAGUGGUGGUGAUGGGAACCAGGGGUCACAAUGUCUGUGACCAAAUAUAGCCAGUGAACCAACACCCAUCUUUUGCAUUUUUAUAUUUAAUGCUGAUGAUGGUAAAAUAGCGGUAAAUCUGAAAAAAUAAGUUUUCUUUGGGGACUAUUUUGCCUUACAGCUCUCUGUAUAUACCUCUCUUCCAUGAACGGAUUAAAAAAAUAGGUUUUAGGCCAAAAGCUUAUCUCAAAGCUAGCACUGUCUCAGGCUUCAGGCAUUGUGGCCAUAAACAUUUCUUAUAAUAACUUUUUGUGAUAUAGGGAGAUGAAAUGGUUCAGACGUCUGGUUCCCAUCACCACCACUCUGGACAAUUCUGACUCGCGUUUCACAUCAAACCACUCUUUGUUUACAUCUUAACUGUUUAAUUAUGCAGACUUGUUGACAAAUCAGUGGAAGUACUUUCACAAGUAACUUGUAACUAUUUCACUCAUAUGACGUUUCCUCUGCUUUAAGCAUUCUUGGCAUUACCAUAAAGGUGGUACUGUCUACAGAAGGUACCUUUUUAUGCUAACAUCUGUUUUUGUCUUACUGUGAUGGCAGUGGUUAUGAAUAUGGUUUUAAUAGACAGCUUCCAGAGCCAGUAACACAAUGGCUGCUACCGGCCCUGUAAAGGGGUUAAUAAAGCCUUUAUUAAUAGGAAAGUUAAGAACAAGCGCACAAUAUAUUCCAUUGAAAAUGUGAAGGGCAUUUGUCAAAGAGGGCUAUCACUACUCAUCAUGUGUGUUUGAGAGGACAGUCUCUAGGCUCAGAAGGAACGCAGAGAAAAACAGAAGGCCUCGUUGAUUGAGGUCUAAGAAAUGGACAUAUUAGUAUGAAACAGAGACUGUGUCUUGCAUAAGCUUAUAAAUGAAGGGCUGAGACGCACUGAGUUUAGUAAGGUAGUUUAUAGGGCAAAGAUCAACAUUCCACGUGAUUUUGAUAUUGCGCUACAUAGAUUCUCAUGUGUUUUUUGUUAAAUCAUGUUCAUAAUGGAGAAGCACUACCAAGACUUGUGGUGGUGUUUAUCAUUCCUGAUUCGUGGCUUGAACCAUGAUAUAUGUGCGUGUGUGUGUGUGUGUGUGUGUGUGUGUGAGAUAACUACAUUUCUGAGUUUCUAAACCCACUGAGACACAGUGCACUGAGCAUGUUGUCAGAGAGGGCUUUGCAUUGCGAUACACAUAGUCAGUUGGUACACAUCAAACCGCGCGUCUCCGUUUGCACCAUAGCACAAUCAACAUACUUUACAAUGUAGAUCUGUUGUCUUUUUGGACCUUAUUUAGUGGUUAAAGUUACAGUGAGUACAGUUUUUCAUUUAAAUCUUUCCUUUAAAGUUCUUCAUAAGUAAAUCGCAGCUGUCCAAAAAAAAAAAAACAUACAUCAUAUAUAUUUUUUUUUUCAGUUUUGUUUUUCUACAUCAUUUGAACGCAGGAGCUGUUCUUUACGUUAUGUGAACAUUUCACGGUGAAAGGACCAAUAGAAAUGCUCCAAAAUGACUUGGAAUGAAUUCACUUUACAUUUAAUCUAUAUUAGGUUAGGAAUGAUUGUCCUUUAUUUGUAAAGUUAAUUUUCAUUUAGUAUUUUUUUUUUGUUUGGUUUUUUUUGGACAGUGAUGAUACUGAUUAUGGCGUGAGGGCAAUAAAUUAGAAAGUCUUUUUGUGAAGACAAAACUCAUAGCAGUAUGGCAGCUGGGUAAAAACAUAUGAAGAUGCAGUGGAAGGAUAUCACCAGAAGUUACUUUUCCAGAAAUGCCAAAAAUGUCAGACUUGUGAAAAUAUUACUCAUUGUAACUGUAAUCAUCAGAAUAUGUCUUUGAUUUUGAAUCCAUGGAGCACAGAGUGUGCGUUUCAAGCUUCUGGAUAGCUUUAUGCCACCAGGAUAGCAGCUGGCAGCUCAGUGGUUGGUCAACCUGUUGGAGGACUUGGUGGUUCAGUUUUUGCUAGAAGUGCUCCUCAGCUCUUUGGGCUCCGUUUUCUUCUGCGCAAGGCACUUAACCUGACGUUGCCUCGGGGGGACAGCCCUUAUUACCCCCAUUCCUCUUUCCUUUGGAAUUGAAUAGGUUCUCAGUGUUCUUUUUCCUGGUGGAACCCCAUCCCUCCGGGCACUCCAAGCUGUGACCCACUUGAUGCUUUGACUAGAGUUUUAUGUAUAAGGAGCCACCUAGACGCCCCUUAGCUGUUUGUGCACACAGGUAAAGAUUCCCUUGUUGGUUUGUUGCCCCUUUCUCAUCAGACAGACGUUCUGGUGUUUUUGUUUUUGUUUUUUUUUCUUACCUCUUAACUGAUACAAUACCCUUCAAAAGUUUGAAAUCAGUGUUUUCAGUCAUAUAAAACCAGAUUGUGUAGAAACAUAUAAAAUGCUUGUGAAAUGCUUCCCCUUUGGACCAGGGUUAAAACAAUUAGGUCUCAAAAAAUUAGUAAGAAGUAUGUAAAGGAUAACAUUUUAAUGAAGCAUCAGCACGGUUAACACAUUUUCUUUUCUCCCAAUUUAGUCAUGUCCAAUUUCAUCCACCAGCUAGGUGUCCCCUAAAGAUGCUAGCAGCGCUAGGAGGAAGACGGCUAGCAUAUGGCUGUUGUCGGAAGAAAACCUCGUAUCUCCAUUUUUGACGUUUUUCAGUUUUUGACAUAAUUUGAAAAUACCUGUUACCCUUUACAACGUUGGUGAAUUCUAUGACGGAUGGACUGAAAGAAUUGACCCAAAAUGACUUGGAAAAAAAGUCUGGUUCCAUUGACUUACAUUAAAAGUAAAGUAUGUUUUUUUCCUUCUCCUGUAAAGUUGCCAUUUUGGAGAUUUGGGGUUUUCUUCCGACAACAGUGAUAUACUUCCUCAGAGUCAUGUGAAGCCAGCCACCGCAUCUUUUCGAACUGCCGCUAGUGCAACGUCAUUUGACAGCUGAUUGCUGAUUCCUGAUUAUAGUAAAACACUUAUAUUUUCUUAGUUUGACUUCCCAUCCAUUCAUAGAUGCAGCCUGAAGCCCAGCAGCUCACAUGCUGUUGCUAUGGCUCCACAACUGUAAUCCUCUUGUUUAAAUAUAGCUUUUAAACAGCAAGUUCCAGCUUUAAAGAACAAUAAGAACCUUUAGAAUGAUGAACAGAUGAUGAAAGCAUGAUUCCAAAAUAACUAAGAAAGUUGUAGCAUCAGGAAAAAAGUUAAAAUGAAGAAAGUCAAAUGAAUAUCCGGAUUUCCUCGUAUUUAAGUGGUGACCACAUCUCAAGGCAGAUAACAUGACCAGAAAAAAGAUGCCUGGUCAAAUGACAUGUAUUAUUCAUUUUCUUUGUGAAAAUAAGAACACAUCCAGUACAGGGAAUAUUAUAUAUAAUGUUUUAACAAACACUUUACUGUUUAUUUACUGAAUUUAACAAAGUGGGAAAGAUGAUGUUGCCUGUGCAGAA